GAAACAACGUGGAUUCACCAGGUUUUGUCCAGUGGGAUACGUCAAUAUAUUUGGACAUUUCUUUAUUAGGCCUAUAUUAUUUGCUAGCACAUAGAUGUUAGUAGUCUUACUUUCAUGCUGAGGUUUUCAAAUUGAGCUGACAAUAAUAUAUAAUUUCUCUCCAUCCCUCCGUUGAAGUAGCCUACAUCAGUCCGUUCAAACGUGCCUCCACAGCGCGGCAAGCUGUUCAUUAUUUCAGUCGGACGAUUUCUCCCCCUGCCCUGUAUCAGGGACUUGUGAAUGACAGCCAAUCGGAGGCUGUGCCCUUUCCUUCAGCCUCCCUGACAUACACACAGAGAAGUGAUGCUGCCUACGCGAAAAAGCUCAACGCAGUUGAGGUACAGCCUUGAAGCUCUUUUGGAACCGCUGCAGUGAAGGAAAGGAUACACUUCGCUCUCAUCUCACCAACUACCCCUUCGCUAUCGUAGGAUUUCUCCAACUGAAUAAGAACUCCGGUGGCAGAUACUGGCUGGACCUGGGCCCCAAUGGCAGACUGACAGCCCGUGCUGCUACUGCGGACCUACACCCAGAACUGGAGGAGUGACCCAAUGACUAAACGUCUGACUAAAGUCCACUGACCACUUCACACUAACACCCAGAGGGAGUAGAACAUCUAGCUGAGCCAAGCUGUAUUUGGAGCUUUGGAGCUACUGGCCUGGCCAUGUUGAGAGGAAGAACUGUACUUCUCCUGCUGGUCCUCUGGGCAUACCUGUGUUCCCAUGGGGACGGACUGCGAGCCCUGAGGAGGACUACAGGGGGGAGGCGGGGGGGCACAGGGGUGGGGUUGACGCUGACGGGACAGGAUGCUAAUGGAGUGCCUCUGAGACGCUCCAAACGAGGAUGGAUGUGGAACCAGUUCUUCCUACUGGAGGAGUACACAGGGUUGGAUCACCAGUAUGUUGGCAAGCUCCACUCAGACGGGGACCGGGGUGACGGUAGCAUACGAUAUGUCCUGACCGGUGAUGGAGCCGGUAGUCUGUUCAUCAUCGAUGAGAACUCUGGGGAUAUCCAUGCCACUAAGAGAUUGGACCGGGAGGAGAAGGCCUACUACACGCUCCGGGCCAAGGCCGUCAACAGAAUCACUAACACCUCUCUAGAGGGAGAGUCAGAGUUUAUCAUCAAGAUCCAUGACAUUAACGACAACGAGCCUAAGUUCACCAAGGACCCCUACUUCACAGAGGUACCUGAGAUGUCCCCACUGGGCACGGUGGUGAUGCAGGUGACCGCUACAGACGCUGAUGACCCUACAUAUGGUAACAGUGCCAGGGUGGUCUACAGCAUCCUGCAAGGACAGCCAUACUUCUCUGUGGAGCCCAACACAGGUGUGAUCAAGACAGCCCUGCCUAACAUGGACAGGGAGACCAAGGAGAACUAUGUGGUUGUGAUCCAGGCUAAAGACAUGGCUGGCCAGAUGGGUGGUUUAUCAGGGACCACCACAGUCAGCAUUACCCUCUCUGAUGUCAAUGACAACCCACCACGCUUCCCAAAGAGUCUGUAUGAGUUCAAAGCUCCCGAGUCGACAGAACCGGGCUCGACGGUGGCCGUGCUGCGAGCUACGGACGCUGACAUCGGCAGGAACGCUGAGAUGACCUACCGAAUCACCAGCAGCGACGGCCCCGCCAUGUUCGCCAUCUCAACCAAUAGGAGCACACAGGAUGGUGUCAUCACCCUCAGGAAGUCUCUGGACUUUGAGAGGAAGCGGUCCUACACUCUAAGGAUCCAGGUGGAGAACUCCAACCCGGACCCGCGGUUCCUGCGCUAUGCGGCGACCACGGACGGGGCGACGGUCAAACUGAUCGUGGAGGAUGUGGACGAGCCGCCCGCGUUCGACCGGGUCGGCUAUGUCAUGGAGGUCAAAGAAGACGUGGCAGUAGGCACGAUCAUCGGAUCGGUCAGCGCCACAGAUCCAGACAGCAGCCGCAGUCCCGUCAGGUACUCUAUUGACCGGCGUACAGACAUGGACAGGGUGCUCAACGUGCACCCAGGUAACGGCUCAGUGUUCAUGCUGAGGACUCUGGACAGAGAGGACAUCGCCUGGCACAAUGUCUCUGUUAUUGCCACUGAGUUCAACAACCCACGGCUGAUGAGUCGUGUACCAGUCUAUGUUAGAGUACUGGACGUUAAUGACAACGCUCCUACGUUCGCCACUUACUACGAGACAUUCGUCUGUGAAAACGCCAAGGCUAACCAGAGGAUUCAGACAGUAAGUGCUGCAGACGCUGACGAGCCUAUUGGUGGACACAGGUUCUUCUUUAGUCUAGCGCACGAGGCUUCUGUGAAAGCCAACUUCACCGUCAGAGACAAUAAAGACAACACGGCAGGUAUCCUGACCAGACGGAACAGCUACAGCCGGCUACAGAGGAGUACCUAUCUGGUUCCCGUGGUGAUCUCGGACAGCGACUUCCCCAUGCAGAGCAGCACCAGCACCCUGACGGUGCACGUUUGUACCUGCGACCGCGAGGGGAACAUGCAGCUGUGUAACCAGGAAGCUCUGGUCCUCACCGCAGGCCUCAGCACUGGAGCCCUCAUGGCCAUCAUCUUCUGUGUCCUCAUACUGCUCAUGAUCGUGGUGCUGUUCGCUGCCCUGAGGAGGCAGCAGAGGAAGAAGGAGCCUCUGAUCAUCUCCAAAGAGGAUGUGAGAGACAACGUCGUCAGCUACAACGAUGAAGGGGGCGGAGAGGAGGACACCCAGGCCUUUGAUAUCGGCACGCUGCGCAACCCGGAGGCCACAGAAGAGAGCAAACAGCGCAGGGACAUGAAACCCGAGACCCUGCACCCUCCCGUCCGUCGGACUGUGAUCCUUCCCCCGGCCCACAGGGACAACGCGGACGUCAGGAACUUCAUAGACCAAAGGCUUCAGGAGAACGAUCAGGACCCCACCGCACCGCCCUACGACUCCCUGGCCACCUACGCCUACGAGGGGAGCGGCUCGGUUGCUGAGUCCCUUAGCUCCCUGGGCUCCAUGACCACAGAGGGAGACCAGGACUAUAACUACCUGAGUGAGUGGGGACCCAGGUUUAAGAAACUAGCGGACUUGUACGGGGGAGAGGACAGUGACAGCUGCAGGGAUUCCUAAUGAGAGAGAAGGAGCUCGUAAGAGGGGAGCUAAAGGAAAACGUACAACAAACAAACACUCGCACACUAGCUAAAGUGAACUUAACUCCUGGUACUUUGUGAAUGUGGCAAACAAUAGAACAAAACAAAGACGACACAAACGGACACGAGGCAGUAUUUUACCGUCGUUGAUCACCGUUGAUGUUUGACCUCUCUGGAGGACUAGGAGGAAGAAGCUAAGCUAUCCUGUCAGUAUUAGUGGUCUUUCUCUUUCUCUGCUAGGCAUCAUGGGACUCCUGAGGAAAAGACUUGUUGUACUUUACUCUGUACACCAGGCCCACAUACACAGUAUCUCUAUAUACAAACAAACUUCUACUCUUUUCUUUUUCAAAAGCUUCCUGCAAAGGAGGGAGUAACAGCAAGCGGUUUUGUGGUGGACUUGAUAGACAGACCACGCCUAUUAAUUUUUCAGUGUUUCUGGGACAAAAAAAAGCUGCAUUUUGUGAAUUCUAUCGUAGCUUGUGUGUGCGUAUCUGUAAAUCGAUACAAUACAGUGUACAGUUAUGUUUUGUUUUGAGGCUUCUAGCGUCCCAUCCACCCCCUUAUAGCAAUGACUCUGUAUGUCACAAUGCUCUUUUGAGGUCACACAAGCCUUGCUGAGAGGCUGAAUGCCUUAUCUCUAUGGGUACACUCAAACUGUCCGUCAGUCACCCACUAUGGCAUAAUUGACUUGAAUGGGGACAACCGCUCUACUCAUUCUAUUUCUAUGGGUUGUACAUCACAAAACAGAUCUUUCUGACUGUCAAUACCUGAUCCACAUCUCCUCAUAGUUUUGCAUAUAUUCUGCCUCACAAAUGGCACACUAUUCCAUGGUGCGUUACAUUUGUACUAAGGUACAUAAGUCUCUGGUCAACAGUAGUGCACUGUCUAGGGAACAGGGUGCCAUUUUUGACAAACACAUACAGUCAUGACCGAAAUUAUUGGCACCCUUGAUGAAGAUGAGAAAAACGACUGAGCUGUAUUUUAUGCAAUUUUCUUUGAUUAUACUAAUACAUUUGCUCAGAGAAAGAGAUUUUGUUUAACAAGUAAUACAUUGUUUUCUCCCAAAAAUAGUGGUCAAAAUUAUUGCUUAGUACUCUGGUACCCUCCACUUGUGAGGAUAACAGCACUUAGCCUUUUGCUAAAAUGUUUUAUGAGAUUGGAGUACACAUUGGGAGGGAUCUUAGACCAUUCCUCCAUACCGAAUCUUUACAUACAGAUUUGUUUUUAAUUAUUGUUAUAAAAAAUAUUUCUAUGAGCAAUUGUAUUAGUUUAAAAUAAUAUAAUUGUCAAAUGAAUUUAUCGUACAAUAGAGCUCAGUAUUUUUUGCUCAUAUUUAUCAAAUAAAGGUUAACUUUAAAAACAAUCAAGGAUGCCAAUCAUUUUGAUCAUGACUAUAUUCUCUGUGGGGGUAGCUGAAACACCUGGACCAAAAAGCUCCUCUGAACGCUGUAUGUAUCUGAAGAACUAAUGUCAAUAAUGCUUCACGUUUAAGGUGACCCUCUUUAAAAAGUGUUACUGUAAUACCUGUCAAAACAUUCUUGUUGACCGGCUGAAGAAGUGGGUGAGAAACUCUGCCGUUGACCUCGACUGGUCCAGGUCAUAUUUAUGUGGCAGACGUUUAUCCGUGAGCAUGGGUGGUUCAGUAAUGUCCCUAGCAGCUAUUCACUAUUGUGUCCCUCAGGGGUCAAAUCUGGGCCACAUCCUUUUUUUACCUGUCCCCUUGGUGACAUCAUCCACAAUCAUAACAUUCCGUUUCACUGCUAGGCGGAUGACAUACAGCUUUAUUUACCAAUCAGACCCAGUGACCAAGCUAGCAUAGCUACCCUUCACAAGGGUCUUGCUGACAUCAAAUGUUGGAUGUCUGAACAUUUUCUCCAGCUCAAUGAUACAAAAUCAGAGGAUUUUUUAUUUGGCCCCCAUCCAGAUUGUAAAUAACCUUGAUCAUUUGUCCACCAAUGUAAAGCCUACGGCCAGUAACCUUGUCCUCUUUGUCCUUGACCUCGAGCUGCAUGUAAAAACGGUAGUCCAGUCCUGCUUUUAUCAUCUAAGACAAAUAGCUAUAGUCAAGUCUUAUUUCAGUCACCGAUCUGGAGAAAGUUAUACAUGCUUUUUAUUCAUGCCUAGAUUACAGUUACUCUUUGUAUACACGUCUCAGUCAGAACUCACUCCAUUGUCUACAGUUAGUUCAAAAUGCUGCAGCUCUUCUUUUAACAGGCACCAGAAAAUGUUACCAUAUCACACCUAUUUUAGCUUCUCUACACAGGCUACCAGUCACUUUUCGAAUAUAUUUGAAAAUAAAAUCACGUGUAAGGCUAGGCUUGGUUUAGCCCCAUCCAUAUGGCAGAUAUUUGAUCUCCCUAUGAGCCAGGAUGCAGCCUGAGAUCCUCUGGCAGGGCACUGCUGACAAUUCCAAAGUCUAGGUUGAAAACGAAAGAAGAGCAGGUAUUUGCCAUUAGGGCCCCUGGACUUUGGAAUGGUCUGCCAGAGGGUAUCAGGCUUGCCGAUUCAGUGCCUCUUUUUAAAUCCCUGCUGAAGACACACUUUUCUAAAGAUACAUUGAAAUCAUACAUUAAAGGUAUGAUUUUAAUUUGCUAUCAUUUGUCAUUUUCCUUUCGGUCUUUGUUAGUACUUUUUAUUUUAUUAUUUUAUGAAGUGGCGCACUUUUUACUUGUGUUAAAAUGCGCUAUACAAAUAAAGUAGUUAUUAUUAUGUAUUCUUAUUGGAAGAAUGUCUAUAGACAUGAAAGCAUAGAGGGUUACAGUAGCAGUGUGUUGCUUAGUAUAAACGAAACAUGCAGUUCCCAUUAAACAUGAAUUCCUUACUUAGCGUUUUACUCUGUAUGCUUCUCUGUAUUUUAAAACAGUUUCCUUUUCCUUCAAAUGUAAGUAAUUGAUUGAUGGUUGACUAUAUAUUUGUGACGUGCACACUAUGUGGGGGAAAACGCUGCCUACUACGGGAAAUAUGAUAUUUCAGUUGUGAGGGAGAGGGUCGACAUUCCCUUGGGAUUGUCCUUGACGUAAGAGGUAAAGGUCAAUACAAUAUUAGGAUCAUGAAAUGGUUUGACACUUACGUAUGAAAUGGUCAUGAAAUGGUUUGCCAUCAUAAAAUGGUUUGGCAUAUAUGUAGUAAGAAAAUAUAGCAAUUCAAAUGAAGCAAAGCAACCCCAAAUUGUCCAAGGCCACAGAAGACAAAUUAUUAAACAGUAGUAGAAUUGCGAUAUUGCCUCCAAGCAUUAUUUUUCUAUGAUUUAUGAACAAACAGCUUUGAUAUCGUUUAGCUGAUAAGAGAAAUUUAUGAGGGAGCACUCGGAGGGCAGCGGCACAUUAAGAGAAAAAAAGUACAGAGAUGCAUCCUAAAAGGCCCUUCAUUCCCGAUAGUCCACUAAUUUCGCCCAGGGCCCUGUUCAAAAGUAGUGUACUAUAUAGGGAGAAGGCUGCCAUUUAGGAUUCAGCCUAGCUAAAAACAAGCAGUGGCCGCUCUCUACUAAAGGCCAACCUGAGGACGGAUUACAUUUAUCAGACAUUUCAAACUAAUAACACAACUGACGUAAUUGCCACGAUGAUGAUAUUUUUCUCUCUGUCUGCAGCAUUUACUCUGUCUGCAGCAUUUACUCUGUCUGCAGCAUCUCUCUGUCUGCAGCAUUUACUCUGUCUGCAGCAUCUCUCUGUCUGCAGCAUUUCACACAAAUCGGACUUGAUAAUUUAUUUUUUCCCCCAAAAAAUCCAAGUGCCCAUGGAUGUAAAAAAUCUUAUAAUUUGAUGAAAACGGUGCGGUAGCUUAGACAGUCCUCUAAGACAAGAACACACUUGUUAAAAAUGUAUACUACUAUAAUAUGCUCAAUAUUAUAAUAAGAAACUGUGUAAAAAAAAAAAAUUGUUUUAGAAGACCAUUGAGCACCCACUGUGUAAGUGACUGUUUGAGAUUGUGGGAAAUGUGGCAUUUAUUUGGGUUUCUAAACUCUUCCCACUGAAAAACAACUGUUAUUCUUCUACUGCCCUGAGGGUUUUGACAUCUAGUUUAUGUCAGAAGGAGAAAUGACAGCAGAAGACUGCAUUCUUGUUUCCCUUCUUUAAAGGGGCAAUCUGGGAUUGGUACAUCCAUUGUCUCUCUUUAACACAGGGUGUCAGCAGGAUAAUUUCACUAUAAACACAUGUCUGUGCAUUAACACCAUGCUCAGCUAAGGACACAAAUUAAACAAAGCGUACAUCAAGCAUCGUGUAACAACACAAGCCAAUGCUAUUGGGGGUUUCUAGAGAAGAGUUAGCUGCCGGAUAUGGCUAGCCUGCAGUAAAUUCUGGACCAGGGUGUUAGUGCGGCCUGCUAACGCUGAUGCUUCCAUUCACACCCUGGACCAGAGCUAGCCUACAGUAUACAGUACUGAUGUCCUCUUUCUAAAGAUAUGUUAAUGUAGACAGUUGGCUAGCCUUAAGGUUGCCUCUAUAUUAUGUUGCUGACUAUGUUAUUGAGCAGUCUAUUGCUAUGUCCCAAUUCUCCACCCUUCUCCUAAAUGGUGCACUUGCACACUACCAAUCGUGGAUUGGAGACCGCAGGAGUGGUAGAGAUACUCUUAAUGAUCGGCUAUGAAAAGCCAACUGACAUUUACUCCUGAGGUGCUGACUUGCUGCACCCUCGACAACUACUAUGAUUGUUAUUAUUUGACCAUGCUGGUCAUUUAUGAACAUUUGAACAUCUUGGCCAUGUUCUGUUAUAAUCUCCACCCGGCACAGCCAGAAGAGGACUGGCCACGCCUCAUAGCCUGGUUCCUCUCUAGGUUUCUUCCUAGGUUUUGGCCUUUCUAGGGAGUUUUUCCUAGCCACCGUGCUUCUACACCUGCAUUGCUUGCUAUUUGUGGUUUUAGGCUGGGUUUCUGUACAGCACUUUGAGAUAUCAGCUGAUGUAAGAAGGGCUAUAUAAAUACAUUUGAUUUUAUUUUAUUUUAUUGACAAGAAUAGGAAUGUUAAAUCCAUGCGAGAAGGUAGCAUCCUGUCCAGGGGCUGUACUUGUACAUCAAGCUGCCUCACACUACAGAAACAGGGGCUAGGCUCCUGCCCCAUGCGCCGUUCUGGCUCGGACAAGGCUUACUUACUAUGCGAGAAAGUAUGCAAGUGCACACUUCAGGGGAAGGAUGGAGAAUAGGGAUGCAGACAUUGUUUUCUAUGUGAAUUAAUACUAUGAGAGGUUAUAGUAUGUGACGUUGUUAAAAGGGGCCCUGUCAUGACCAGAUGCCCAUUAAUUCAUCUAUCUGCUUUGUACAACAUGAUUUUCUACUGGAUAUUUACAUGACCCAACAAUUAAAUUUCUUCAAAAUCA